UAUGGCAGCGGCGUCGCCUUGGGCCGGGUCUUCGCGCUCGCGCCCGGGCCGGGCCAUCUUUGCAGCCCCGGGCAAGGCAGCUUCUCGGGCGUGAGCCGGGCCUCUCGCUGUGGCGCGUUACCCUGCCUUCAGCUGCCGUUGCCACCGCACCACGACUGUUACUCCGCGCCGGGAACAUGCCCCUGGACGCUUACUGCUACCUGCAGGUCGUGGGCAGGGGCAGCUACGGGGAGGUGACGCUCGUGAGGCACCGGCGGGACGGCAGGCAGUAUGUCAUCAAAAAACUCAACCUCCGAAAUGCCUCCAGCCGAGAGCGGCGAGCUGCUGAACAGGAAGCCCAGCUCUUGUCUCAGCUGAAACACCCGAACAUUGUCACCUAUAAGGAGUCAUGGGAGGGAGGGGAUGGUCUUCUGUACAUUGUCAUGGGCUUCUGCGAAGGAGGUGAUCUGUACCGAAAGCUCAAGGAACAAAAAGGGCAGCUUCUGCCUGAAAGUCAGGUGGUGGAAUGGUUUGUUCAGAUUGCCAUGGCUCUGCAGUAUUUACAUGAAAAACACAUCCUUCACCGAGAUCUGAAAACUCAAAAUGUCUUCCUAACAAGAACAAACAUCAUCAAAGUGGGUGACCUAGGAAUUGCCCGAGUGUUAGAGAACCAUUGCGAUAUGGCUAGCACCCUCAUUGGCACACCCUACUAUAUGAGCCCUGAAUUGUUCUCAAACAAGCCCUACAACUAUAAGUCUGAUGUUUGGGCUCUAGGAUGCUGUGUUUAUGAAAUGGCCACCCUGAAGCAUGCUUUCAAUGCAAAAGACAUGAAUUCGUUAGUUUAUCGGAUUAUUGAAGGAAAGCUGCCACCAAUGCCAAAAGAUUAUAGCCCAGAGCUGGCAGAACUGAUAAGAACAAUGCUGAGCAAAAGGCCUGAAGAAAGACCUUCUGUGAGGAGCAUCCUGAGGCAGCCUUACAUAAAGCGCCAAAUCUCCUUAUUUUUGGAGGCUACAAAGGCAAAAACCUCCAAAAAUAAUAUUAAAAAUGGUGACUCUAAAUCCAAGCCUUUUUCUUCAGUGGUUUCUGGAAAGGCUGAAUCAAAUCAUGGAGUAGUUCCCCACCAACCACACUCUUCUGAAGGCUCCAAGAUAUAUGCAAUGGGUGAAGACAAAGGCGUAUCCCAGGAAAAACACAUAGUCGUUGGCCCCUUGAAGACACCUGCAAAUCUGAAAGGCCAUACCUGCAAACCAGACAUGAAAGAUACCACAGAAUCACUAGCUACAAUCAGUAGAGUGAACAUUGACAUCUUACCAGCAGAGAGGGACUUGGGUCAUGGGUUAGUUCCAGAGAAUCAGCCAAGAUGCUUAUAUGCCUCCAGUGAACUGGAAGGUAAAUGCAAUAUUUCUCAAGUGAAGGAGAGACUGCAAGAUAACACUAAGUCCAGCACUCAGCCUGGAAACCUAAUUCCUACGUGGUCCUCUGACGAUGUCACUGGGGAAAGAAAAGAAAAGCCUCUGCAGCCCGUAAAUGAAGGCCAAAAGCCAAAGGACCAGGAUCAAGUUGCUGGUGAAUGUGUUACUGAAAACCAGGACAAAAUCCACCCAGGUUUACAGCCACACAGCUCUGGGUCUGAACCUUCCCUGUCUCGGCAGCGACGGCAGAAAAAAAGAGAACAGACUGAGCACAGUGGGGAAAAGAGACAGGUUGGACGAGAUCUCUUUGGAAUGAGUCAUUGUUUCCAGGAGGCUCCACCUCAACUUUUGCCCUCUCUUCCCAAUGUUGGAAAAGUGGAUGUCACAUCAACCCAAAAGGAGGCUGAAAACCAAAGCAGAGUGGUCACUGAGUCUGUGAGCAGUUCGAGGAACAGUGAGAUGUCAUCAUCGAAGGAUCGACCAUUAUCAGCAAGAGAAAGGAGGAGACUAAAGCAGUUGCAGGAAGUGGUGUUCCCCUCAGGCCCUACAGUGAGGAGAGCUUCUCCUAGUGCAGCGGGGCCAGGGAAGCCACAAGAGGAAAGCCAGUCCACCCCUGCUCGAUGGCUCUCUCCUGACCGAAGCUUUGCUCAGAGAAGAAAACUCACCCAUUGUUUCUCUGAAGAGGAGUUAAGUUCUUCUACAAGUUCAACUGAUAAAUCAGAUGGGGAUUCCAGAGAAGGGAAAGGCCAUUCAAGUGAAAUGAGUGACUUGGUACAAUUGAUGACUCAGACCCUAAAACUGGACUCUAAAGAGAGCUGUGAGGAUCUCCCAGUACCAGACCCAGUGUCAGAAUUUAAACUUCAUCGGAAGUAUCGGGACACACUGAUACUUCAUGGGAAAGUUGCAGAACAGGCAGAGGAACUCCAUUUUAAAGAGCUACCUUUAGCUAUCAUGCCAGGUUCUGAAAAGAUCAGAAGAAUAGUUGAAGUCUUGAGAGCUGAUGUAGUCCAGGGCCUGGGGAUUCAGCUUUUAGAACAGGUGUAUGAUCUUUUGGAAGAGGAGGAUGAGCUGGAGAGAGAGGUACGUUUGCGGGAGCACAUGGGUGAAAAGUAUAUGGCUUACAGUGUGAAAGCUCGCCAAUUGAAAUUUUUUGAAGAAAAUGUGAAUUUUUGAAAUUUUAUUCUAAUAUGCUGCCAGAACUAAAGACCUAUAUUCAAAGGUUUUUGGCUUAAACAGAAACAAACUUACAAUGAUGCUGAAGGCUACUCACCAGCCUCGUAUCUCUUUGUGUUUUUUUAAUACUGGAAAAAUAACGUGACAGAACAAAUACGAAGCAAGCUCACAAAAGAAACUUUGGCUAUAUUAUUCUCUUUGUGAGAAAAAAAACCAAGACUUUGUUUGGUUACUGUUUACUGAGCCUUAAACCACUGACUUUAUAUCUAGAACUUUAUUUUUUUAAGGUACUAAUUAGCUUGAAUACAUGACCAUAUAACAUUGGAUUGGAAGUUUUAUAUUAUACUAUAGUGAUAAAAGCAAUAGGAGAAAUAAAUGGCAUAUGUUCAGUCAUACUACUUGUCAUUGUUGAUAACCUUAGGUAGUGGUUGAUAAAUUAUUUUGUAAAAAGUCAAUUCAAGAUUCUGGGAGUAGAUUUAAAGAA